CGAACUGAAAUGAAAGGUAGUUUUGUUUCAUGUUGGACUUGGGUUUGUUGUUACUUCUUACGUGAUCCAGAUAACCUUACUUUUAAACUAUCAGUGAUUUAUAGCCAAAUAUGAUAAUAAGUCAUUAACUCUAUUAUUUUCAAAUGUGUAAAAUUAAUUAAUGUUUAUUAUUAUAACACCUCUAAAAAUCACCAAAAAUGUUAUAAUUUAUGAAGAAAUUGUGUUUAGGCUAGAAGGUUAAUGACUAUUCCAGAUUCGUGCACACCAAUAUUGUAACUUUCAGAUAUCUUUAUUAUUGUUUUUAAAAUGUUUGAAAUCACAGAUGUACAAAAAAUUGGUGUGGGCUUAGCAGGAUUUGGAGUAUUUUUCUUAUUUCUUGGAGUGAUCCUACUAUUUGAUCGUGGUUUACUUGCAAUUGGUAAUAUAUUGUUUGUUGCUGGUUUAGCAGCAGUGAUAGGUUUUGAGAGAACGUUUAGGUUCUUCUUUCAAAGACACAAAACAAAAGCAUCAAUAGCAUUUUUGGGUGGAAUUGUGGUUAUCCUGUAUGGGUGGGCAUUUGUUGGAACACUUCUGGAACUAUAUGGGUUUAUAUUGUUGUUCAGCGGAUUUUUCCCAGUUGCGGUAAAUUUCUUAAGGAGAGUUCCGGUUUUGGGCACUGUUUUAAACUUGCCUGGAAUAAGUAUGGUCGUGGAUCGACUUGCAGGAGAUUCUGGCAGAACAACCGUGUGACAUUUCUAAGCCGCUGCCCUUCUGCUGCUGGGCAGUGGCCCUCUGCGCUCAAACCUCUCCUAGAGUCAUACACAUUGUUUGUCUCAUCUACUAUCAUUCCCCAUUAACAUUUCUCCAUUGUACUGUGGUACUGUACUGAUUGUUCUAUAUUCAUCACUUUUUUGUGAUGUCGUAUAUGAUAUGUCUUAUAGAAUGUUUUGUUUAGCCAAAAAUAAAUUAUUUAAAGUGUAA